UUGUUGGUCGGAGUCCGCAGUUGCACUAGCAUGGAUCCGCGACGAGCCAUCUCGGUUUCAAAUCUUUGCUUCAAACCGCAUAGCAGCAAUACAAGAGUUGACGGCAGGCAUGGAGUGGAAUUAUGUGCCAACCAAGUUAAAUCCAGCUGACAUUCUCUCUAGGGGCGCAUCUCCCAGUGAGCUCAUCGAAUCUUCAAUUUGGAUUCGCGGUCCUGAAUUUUUAGCUGAAGGUCGAAGCAAAUGGCCAUUGACUUGUAGUGUAGUGAAAGAUCUCCCCGAGCUUCGCAAGAAGGUCCUACUGAUAGUCCCUCAAUGCGCUGACAUGACACUUCGUUACAAAUAUGUCAACUCGUUCGCAAAACUACAGCACGUUUUCGGCUAUAUCUACAAAUUCAUGCAUAGGAUCCGACAUAACGGAUUAACAGUUGAUCAUAUUCAACAGGGAACAAAAUUGCUUUUACGAACAAUUCAAAUGGCUAAUCUUUCGGAUGACUACAAUGCCUUGAAAAGUUGUGAACGGGUAAAGCCAAACAGCUGCAUUUCAUCUCUAUCUCCAUUUAUUGACGACGAAGCAUUAGUACGUGUAGGUGGACGACUCAAAAACUCAGCUUUGGACUUCGAUGGUCAACAUCCCAUUAUAUUGCCUAGAAGGCAUCCGGUAACUCAUGCAAUCAUCAUGCACUUCCAUAGACGCAAUUUACAUGCCGGUCCUCGCGCAUUGCUGGCCAACAUUCGCCUGCAUUACUGGCCAAUCGGAGGUCGGAAAACUGUCUCAAGUACAAGCACCCUGGCGAUCUGGACGUUUUGACACCCGCCCAUUUCAUAGGGACGGCUCCUCUGGCUUUGUUUGAUGAACCGAAUGUCACAUCUCUUAAUUUUAAUCGGUUAGACCAAUGGCAGCGCGUGUCAUAUUAUCAGCAAAUAUUUUGGGCCCGAUGGCGCGAAGAGUACUUAACUCUGCUACAACAACGUUCUAAGUGGCGCCAUCAAAAACCUGGCUUAUCUAUCAAUGACAUCGUCCUGGUAAAGGACGAAAAUUUGCCACCACUUAAGUGGCCACUUGCGAGGGUCGUGAAGUUGUUGAGCGGGACAGACGGAGUAUGCCGCGUUGCAGAACUAAAAACGGCCACUGGAAUCAUCCGGAGAGCUACACGAAAGCUAUGCCCACUUCCUAAGCAAGAUGAGGUUGAAAGCCCUAGGCUUCCAACGGGGGGAGAAUGUUUGGUUCCGCCGCCACUGUCGUCAGCACAACAAGCGAAAGCAGCGCAGUCAAGUUAAACUCUAUGCAAUAAUCUCUUCUAAAUUCAUGCAUAUUUACAUAUUUACAUAUAUACAUUGUAAAUUGCUCUGCGAAGCAAUGAUAAAGAAAAUUCGGUAGUUAGUUGCAGACAUAUGUACAUAUACACACUCAUACAAGUUAAUGACAUUUAUUGCAAUUGCCUUUUGCUAAAGGCUCUCAUUAAUUUCAUCUAUCAUUUUUAAGUUAGUUCGUUGUCAAUCGCUAAUCGUGAAGCACGGGUUAUUCGAACCCGCCUGCUUCUGCAAAUAAAGUACAUAAAAUUGUAUUUGUUUUUGGA